CCCGCCCGCCCGCCCGCGCGGAGCCUCCUCCCCGCCCAGCGCCGGCGAGCGGCGGCGGCGGCGGGCCGAGGAGGAAAGAUGGCGGCGGGCUCGGAUCUGCUGGACGAGGUCUUCUUCAACAGCGAGGUGGACGAGAAAGUGGUGAGCGACCUGGUGGGCUCGCUCGAGUCGCAGCUGGCGGCCAGCGCGGCCCACCACCACCACCUCGCGCCCCGCGCGCCCGAGGCGCGGGCCGCGGCCGCCGGCGCGCUCGGGAACCAUGUCGGAGCCGGAGCGGCCGUGCCGGCCGAGGGCGCGCCCGCAGCGGCGCCGGAGCCGCCCCCCGCAGGUAGAGCGCGGCGCGGCCUGAGCGCGGGCGGGCGCCGGCCGGGCCCGCGUCCUCACCGCGCCAUCCCGCUUGUCCCCGCAGGGCCCGCCGCGAAGCUGAGCGCGCUCGAGGCCGGCGCCGGCGCCGGGGCCGGGCCCGGGGCCGGGGCCUGCGCGCCGGGGGCCGCGGCCGCGCCCGCCGCCCAGCCCGCCGCCCGCAACGGCCCGCCCGGCGGCCCCGGCGCCGCGCAAACUUUGAAUGGGAGCGCCGCGCUGGGGACCUCGCUCCGCGCCGCCGCCGCACCUGCUGUCAGCCUGCUCCACAACGGGCCCGCGCCCGCGCCGCCGCCCAAGCCCGCCGCUGCCGCCGCCACUGUCAUCCAGACGCCGCCCUUCCUCGGCGCCCCCGCCGCGCCCGCGCCCCGCGCCCCCUCGCCGCCCGCGCCCCCCGCGCCCGCCGCGCCCCCCGCCGCCGCCGCCGCCCCGCCGCCUCCGCCGCCGCCGGCCGCCGCCAGCCUGGCCCGGCCGCCCGGCCCCCCGGCCGGAGCCCCGGCGGCGGCGCAGAACGGGGGCAGCGCCGCGCCCGCGCCCGCCCUCGCGCCCGCCCCGGCCCCCGCGCCCGCCCCGGCCCCUGCCCCGGCCCCGGCCCCCGCGCCCGCCCCGACCCCCGCGCCCGCGCCCGCCCCGCCGCCCGCCGCCAACAGUCAGCCCGGGCCCGCCGCCGCCGCCGCCGCCGCGCCCGCGCAGGUGGCCAAGGCCGACUCGCCCAAGACGGCGGUGCAGCCGGCGCCCGCGCCGCCGCAGGCCCUGGCGGCCAGCUGCCCGGCCGGCGCGGGGGCCGGCAUGAUCCUCGGGCCAACUAUGCAAGGGGCGCUGCCCGCCGCCGCCGCCGCCGGACUGCCGCCGCCGCCGGCCCCCGGCACCCCCACCGGGCUGCCCAAAGGCUCGGCCAGCGCGGGGCCCCAGAGCCUGCCCAGGACGCCCUCGGCCACCACCGGCGGGAUCCGGGCCACGCUGACGCCCACGGUCCUCGCCCCUCGCCUGCCGCAGCCGCCUCAGAACCCGACCAACAUCCAGAACUUCCAGCUGCCCCCAGGUAUGGUCCUCGUGCGGAGCGAGAACGGGCAGUUGUUAAUGAUUCCUCAGCAGGCCUUGGCCCAGAUGCAGGCCCAGGCCCACGUGCAGACCCAGCCUCAGACCACCAUGGCGCCCCGCCCUGCAACCCCCACAAGUGCCCCUCCCGUCCAGAUCUCUACCGUACAGGCACCUGGGACCCCUAUUAUCGCACGGCAGGUGACCCCAACAACCAUAAUCAAGCAAGUGUCUCAGGCCCAGACGACGGUACAGCCCGCCACGGCACUGCAGCGCUCGCCCGGAGUGCAGCCUCAGCUGGUUCUGGGUGGUGCUGCCCAGACAACUUCCCUCGGGACGGCCACGACUGUUCAGACGGGGACACCUCAGCGAACGGUGCCAGGGGCCACCACCACCUCCACGGCUGCCACGGAAACCAUGGAAAACGUGAAGAAAUGUAAAAACUUUCUAUCUACAUUAAUAAAACUGGCCUCAUCUGGUAAACAGUCUACGGAGACAGCCGCUAACGUGAAAGAGCUGGUCCAGAACCUACUGGAUGGAAAAAUCGAAGCGGAAGAUUUCACCAGUAGGUUAUACCGAGAACUUAAUUCUUCACCUCAACCUUACCUUGUGCCUUUCCUGAAGAGAAGCUUGCCCGCCUUGAGACAGCUGACCCCCGACUCCGCGGCCUUCAUCCAGCAGAGCCAGCAGCAGCCGCCGCCCGCCUCGCAGGCCACCACUGCGCUCACGGCCGUGGUGCUGAGCAGCUCGGUCCAGCGCACGGCCGGGAAGACGGCGGCCACCGUGACCAGCGCUCUCCAGCCCCCUGUCAUCAGCCUCACGCAGCCCACACAGGUUGGCGUUGGCAAGCGGGGGCAGCCCACGCCGCUGGUCAUCCAGCAGCCGCCCAAGCCCGGAGCACUGAUCCGCCCGCCGCAGGUGACGUUGACGCAGACGCCCAUGGUCGCUCUCCGGCAGCCUCACAGCCGCAUCGUGCUCACCGCGCCUCAGCAGAUCCAGCUGAACCAGCUGCAGCCAGUGCCCGUGGUGAAGCCCGCCGUGCUACCUGGAACCAAAGCGCUCUCUGCCGUCUCGGCUCAAGCAGCUGCCGCGCAGAAAAACAAACUCAAGGAGCCCGGGGGAGGCUCGUUUCGGGAUGACGAUGACAUCAACGACGUGGCCUCGAUGGCGGGAGUAAACCUGUCGGAAGAAAGUGCACGAAUAUUAGCCACGAACUCUGACUUAGUGGGCACCCUGACGCGAUCCUGUAAGGAUGAAACCUUUCUCCUACCAGCGCCUUUACAGAGAAGAAUCCUAGAGAUCGGUAAAAAACACGGCAUCACGGAGUUGCAUCCGGACGUUGUGAGUUACGUAUCACACGCCACGCAGCAGAGGCUACAGAAUCUCGUGGAGAAAAUAUCCGAGACGGCCCAGCAGAAGAACUUCUCGUACAAGGAUGAUGACAGAUACGAGCAGGCAAGUGAUGUCCGGGCUCAGCUCAAAUUUUUUGAGCAGCUUGAUCAAAUUGAAAAGCAGAGGAAAGACGAGCAAGAGAGAGAGAUCCUCAUGCGGGCGGCCAAGUCUCGAUCCAGACAAGAAGACCCAGAACAGCUAAGGUUGAAACAGAAGGCAAAAGAGAUGCAGCAGCAGGAACUGGCGCAGAUGAGGCAGCGGGACGCCAACCUCACCGCGCUCGCCGCCAUCGGGCCCCGGAAGAAGCGGAAGGUGGACUCUCCGGGACCGGGGUCGGGGACGGAGGGGUCGGGCCCAGGCUCGGCGGUCCCAGGCAGCUCCGGCGUCGGAACCCCCAGACAGUUCACGCGACAAAGGAUCACGCGGGUCAACCUCAGGGACCUCAUAUUUUGUUUAGAGAAUGAGCGUGAGACAAGCCAUUCACUGUUGCUCUACAAAGCAUUCCUCAAGUAGCACAGGGCGGGCGCGGCGUCGCGGAUGGAGACGCCUGGGACGCUUUUAUAUAUUUGCAGAUGACGCCUUUUGUAACAAGCAAAUGGGACAUUGUUUAAAAAACAGCCACCUCUUUACAACGGAACAGUUUUAUAUUCCUGUUUCUAAGUCAACUCUUCAGUGUGGAAGAAAACACGUUUCUGUAACAGAGAACACAGAGGCCCGUGGGCCCUCUUAAAGGACAAUUAACUCUUAACUCAUCUUUGAUUGAGUGGCCUUCUUGCCAAACAAGCCAUAUAUAAAAACUGAUGGAAUCGUUUAGCAAAUAAUUAGUUGCCCUCUGUCACCUUGUAGCGGUUUCUACAUUAUUUGUGCGUUUUGGUUCAUUCAACCCGACUUACUGCGUAGGUGUGUGUCUACAGCGAUGACCUCAUUUCAUUUAUUUUAUUUUUGUAUUAGUCAGUUGGCAAAGCAAACUGAUUUUUUAGACUAUUUAUCUGCCCGUCCCCUCCCUCGCCAGAGUCCCCGAGGAGCCCGGAGCCCACGGCGCGCCCGCGCGGAGCGGAGCCACCUUCCUGCUCAGGAGAGGCCGUGCCGCCGGCUCCUCCCGAGCGCGUGGUCGGCACCUGUACAGACGCAGUUUAUUUGCUGUAGUUUGUAAAGCUGUAAAGUUGAAAGAAAUGAAAACCUUUUCAGCAUAAAUAUAUUUUACUUGCACUGUGUUUUUUAGCUAAAAGUGGAAACUUAGAUGAAAUAAAAUCAAAGUUGAGAAGAAUCAUCAAAAGACUGUUUCUCAGUGUGAAUCAAGUGUUGAAAAAUGGUUGGUGUAUUUUGUCAGUAAUUGUACAUAAUUUUUGGCACAUAACAUAAAAAUGGCUAUGUAAACUAUAAUUAUUUUGCUAAGAGACUGUAAGCAGGCUGUGGGCCAACUUUACAGAUGUCCAGAGCAAAGCCCCCUCUUUGUACCUAUUUUUUUAUUACAAAUAUACUAAUUGGUUCUUUAUAUUUUCAGAGGUUAUUGUAUUAAAUUGUCUAUUGAUAGUACUUUUAUGACUGUAAAUACUUUGGCUUUCUCCGUGUGAAUCCUCACGUCAGACUUUAAUUCGCGCGAGUGUGAACCGAAUGCUGAUCAGUAUUUUUUAUCGACGCCCGAAAACUGUUACGCCUUUUAUUUCGUCUUUUAGGAAAUCCCUGUCUUUCCAUUUUUUCAUGUAAAUUUUGCACAGUUACUUGUUCAUAUGUAAAUAUUUUACUUUCAAAAAUGAAGUUUUUAAUUGCUAUUGUUUUAUAUAGGAUUGAAAGAAAAUUAACUCCUUUAUUAAAAACAAAUUUAUCUGUA